CGCGGUGGCUUUAGCUCGCGAAUUCCGCAUUCGGCCGUGGACCGUCAGUGGAACGCACGCUUGUUUCGUUGUUUGAUACUCGAUCACAACCUACGCCAACAUUGACGCCAUUGGACUAUACAUAAGAUUAUAAAUUCAACAUUUACUAUGAUAGGUGAAGAAGAACGUGUUCAUCAAUGCCGAGAAUGUGGUUUAACCCUAUCCACUCGAAGCGCUUUAACAGCUCAUUCACGUUCGCACCGAGUCGCUGCUGAUGCUCACCGGUGCGACGUGUGUCACAAGACAUUUGCUGUACCUGCUCGGCUCGUGCGCCAUUACCGCACGCACACCGGAGAAAGACCUUUCGAAUGCGAAUAUUGCCAUAAAAUGUUCAGUGUAAAGGAGAAUCUUCAGGUCCAUCGAAGAAUACAUACUAAGGAAAGGCCGUAUCGAUGCGGCGUAUGCGGUGCAGCCUUUGAACAUUCGGGAAAAUUACAUCGCCACGCACGCAUUCAUACUGGGGAACGACCACACGCUUGUCCGCAUUGCCAUAAGACUUUCAUACAAUCUGGACAAUUAGUGAUUCAUUUACGAACGCAUACAGGAGAAAAGCCCUAUAGGUGUCCAGCACCCGGAUGUGGCAAGGGAUUCACUUGCUCCAAACAACUUAAAGUACACUCGCGUACACAUACCGGAGAGCGGCCCUACACGUGCGAAAUAUGUUUGCGAGAUUUUGGGUAUAAUCAUGUUUUGAAAUUGCACCGCUUCCAACAUUUUGGCGAACGCUGUUACCGCUGCACAGUAUGUGAUGGUACUUUUAAUACUAAAAAACAAAUGGAAGCACAUAUUUAUAAGGAACACGGCGCUGAUUCCGCCCAAGGAACUAACUCUCAAACGUCAGCACCGCUAGUGAAUGGAAAUGUGAUGUGUGAUAUAGUAGAAGCGGCUUUACAACAGUUGCCACCCACACCACCGAGCUCGCCGCCAUCCCCUCCGGGCUCUACAGCUACAUCGAGCACAAACACUUUGUCAACCGUUGUACCACCGAAUGCGUUUUCGCCAACUCCGUCGCCUUCACCAUCGCCCCCCGCAGAUCCAGUGGUUUAUCAUCAUUUUACGCUAGCGCCUUCAUCUCUCCCACCACGAAAACGUAAACUUAUUCCGCAUAUAGAAGAACCCGUACCGAUAGUUCGUCAUACGUCAGUGAUACAAUUUGCUCCUGCAGCUGCAGAAUCAUCAUAGCAAUAUUAAGCUUUAAUGGAUAGUUUAAUUUUAGUUCAAUAAUGCUUAUUUUAAAUUCAAAGGCUGUUUUUGACUGCAUGGUUAUUAGUAUUAGUCGUAAUUAUUUGUAUUAGGGCGUAAGGUUAAAUUUUACUAGAUAAUAAUAUGUAUUAUUGAGCAAGGUACUGAUCCUUAUUUUGGCAUAAUAAAAACCCGCCAUAAUGUUUGCAUUGAAAAGACUAAUUAAAUAUUACAAUGCAUUUGUGUCAUUUUUAAGUAUAUUGUAAUUUAGUUCUUAUUAUUAGUAUGUUAGUGUCAAUAUUUCAGGUUUAGCAAGCCACUAAAAUUAUCUAAUUUAUAGUAUGAUAUUUAUAUUAUGCUUCUUUAAUCUUAUUCUUCAUUCACAUUUCAUGUAUCUGUUACAUUUGGUAUGCAAUUAUUACUUUAAAUAAAGGCUGCAUUGCUUAAUU